GGGAAAACGUCAUCAAUCCAUGAGGGUUUACGUUCUUCGCAUACAAAUGUCAAACAAUGGCAGACUUCGAUACUAUUUACGAGGAAAAUGACGAUGAACCACCUAUUCCAGCUGAAGUGGUUGUGAAUUUACCUGAUCCUAUCAUAAUUAGAGGAGCUGGAAAUGUGACAAUAUUUGGUCUAAGUAACAGAUUUGAAGCAGAGUUUCCAACUAGUCUUUCAGCAAAGGUUGCACCAGAAGAGUUCAAAGCUACUAUAAUUAGAUUAAAUGGUGUUUUAAAGAAAGCCCUACCAGUGAACGUAAAAUGGUUGUUCUGUGGGUGUAUAUGUUGUUGUUGUACCCUUGGCUGUUCAUUAUGGCCGGUUGUCUGUCUCAGUAAAAGAACACGUCAUGCAAUAGAAAAAGUAUUAGAUUGGGAAAACAAUCAUCUAUAUCACAAAUUAGGCUUACAUUGGAAGUUAAGUAAACAGAGAUGUGAUUCCAGUAGUAUGAUGGAAUAUGUUAUGUUAAUAGAAUUUAUACCAAAAAUACCAAUAUUUCGGCCAGACUGAGGAUGAAUCUCAUUACUUGUGACAUUGUUGACUAUGACAGUAAUCAUGACUGAUCAUAUAAUUCCAUUAAAACCAUUAUGUUGUCAAUCAUUAUUAUAUAUGUAUAUGUGUAUUUGUGUAUGUGUGUAUUAUGUGAUAACUGAAUCUUGAUGCUUUAUUGUAUGUUUGAAGAUGUUAUGGACCACAUCAAAUGUUCAAUGAAGGAUAAAACUCAA